GUGCACAAAAUUCCAGAGCCUCAGGUGAGGGGUCCACCCCAAACGCACUGUUCCUUCCGCCCCGAGCGCCCCGAAGUCACCAAAUUCCUGGGUUCCUCUACCUCCUCCUUCUUACUUAACCUCACCGCUGCCCAAACACCAGAGAUCUUAGGCUUACAUCUAACACACAACGCAUCCAAGACAUUCUCCACGAAUUACUCAAAACACCGUCGCAAACAUUUUCGCACGUCUCCAUAACUUACUCCUCCACAUUCGCCUCGAAACAAACAACACACAAAUUCUUUAAAAGGAUUUUUAACCCACUGGUCUGAAGAGCCAUCUCACCACACGCUAUCAAUCAACUUCUGCCGAUCAACACCCUCGACCCUUACCGAACUAUAUCAACUCUAGUCGAUAACCCGGAAUCAUUAUCAGAAAUGGCGCCAAUGAAUAAUCAGAAUUUGAAUUACAGUAGUAAUUACGGCGAGGCCGCUGCCCAGAAGGUCAAUGUCCUUGCCUCUUGCUACCUCGUCGACUCUGCUGCCAACCUCAAGGGCCUCCACUACUGCACUACCGGGGUUGCAGGGGCCGAGUGGUAUUCCUGAGGUCCCUUCCUCAGGACUACCCUCCCCUCCAACAAGCCCCCCCCUCGCCGCACUAACCUCGUCUAACGAGCUCGCCCUUCUGCCCAAGAGCAAGAAGCGCGAGAUCCCAGGCCGGCGCCUGGGUCGACGAGGGGGGGCAGCACUUUCGAUCAGGGAAGAAUGUGAGAGAUUCUUUUGCGAGUCCAUGAAGACGACUUUCCACGGUGAGAGGAAUUCGUCCAUGAAUGGCUCCGGCCUGUCUGGUGCUUUUUUACCAACGCCGCCGUCCGAUGACCGGCUCCCCGAACACUUCAAGCCUGUUUCUGAUGACAAGCUACCUGCCUACAAUAUUACCGCUUGGCUGGAGGUGUGGGACUAUGCCGGCGGAGCGAGCUUCCGUGCCUUUGUUGCUGAUGACGGAGAGGAGAAAUCUCUCUUUGUUUUCUUUGAUAUCGAAGGCGUACUUGGCCGAGACCUGAAAAAGGCGUAAGUAACACUGUUUCCAAAUCUUUGUCCAAAUGCUAAAUACUUGGUAGUCUGAUGGCACUUAUCGAACUGGCCGACGGUCCUCUGGACUGUGCCCAUAUUGUCACUUGCAUAGAUAGACGCAUCCUUGCGGACGACGUCCACUCUUUGACAAAGAGUCUACAGUGGGUUGGCUUCGACAUGGUUACUCUAGACCACUGGGCUCAUGGUCUUGAUGUCACGAGCAAGAAGUGGAUGUUGAUGGGUAUGGAGCUAUAGGCAUCAGCGCUUUCCUGUCUUUUGUGGAGUUAGGGAGCGGGUAUAUUUCCUUAGUUUCCGCUGUGUCAUGUUUCGUUCGUUGGUGUUUUCCAAAAUUUCGUCUGGAGGCUUGCUCGGCGAUUUGCUCUGCUAUUCUUGGAGAGAUCUGGUAGCAUCGGGCGUUGAGUCGCAGAAAAGGUUCGACGGCCCCAAGGCUUUUGGCGCAUCUCUCAUUUUCUUUGGACUUUGAGGGUGUAGGAGCUUAAAGGUGUUUGUGUCAUUCUGUAUCUUUCGCGGUGAUGACUUUCAAUGUAGUACAAACCUGCUAGGUAGUUGAGAUAAUACUAAAGCCAUUGUGUGCAAGUCAAAAAGUGUCUAUUAUUUGUUGUUUUGUUCUAUCAUUGAUGGUUCUAAAAUCAUUCCUCGAAUUGUCUAACUUUGAGACCCUUUUCCUUCAAGUAGUCCUUGACCUGUUUAACGGUGUACUCGCCGCGGUGGAACAUACCGGCACCCAAAGCAGCGUCCGUAGUAGUCUUCUCAAAGACUUCCUCGAAAUGAGCCGGGUUACCAGCACCGCUUGAGGCAAUGACGGGGAUCUUGAUAGCUCCCUUCACCUGGUUGAUGAGCUCAUGGUCAAACCCACUAUUGGUACCGUCCUUGUCAAUGCAGUUAAGAAGAAUCUCUCCGGCUCCCAUUGCUUCAACGGCUUGGGCAAGCUCGACAACAUCCAUGUCACGAGUCUCACGACCACCCUUGAUUGUGCAAGCGUACCAACAGUAUUCCUCGCCCUUAGGACCAGGGAACUGUGUCUUUAUGAUGUUGUGACGGGUGGCAUCAGGCUUGGGAACAUAGACACGCUUGGGAUCAACGCUCACAACGACGGCUUGGUUGCCAUAGGCGCGCGAGAUCUGCUCAAUGGCAGUAUUGCCGAAGAGCUUGCGGCCUAUAGAGUAGUACUCCUCAGCAGCAAGAACGGCAUCGGAACCGAUUGAGACCUUGUCAGCGCCAGACUUGAAAUACAUGCUAGCGAUCUCAAGCGCCGACACCUUUGUGCCGUCAGUAUCCAUGGUGUCACGAAUACCACCGCCGAUAGUCAAGGGCACAAAGACGGUGCGAGACGUUUGACGAAGAAUCUCGAGCAUAGGGAGAUCGGCAACAGGACAAUCUCGGAAAGAAGUGAUGUUAAGGAAAGUCACUUCGUCGGCGCCGGAUUCGUAGUAUUUCUUAGCCAUCUCGACAGGCUUGCCGAGGUUUCGCACGUUGCGAUCAUCACCCUUCUCGCGAACAUCGUACUGAUCACCCUUUGUAACGACCAAGUCACCCUGGUCAUUUGUCCUCACAUCUAGGCAGGCUAUGACUCGCCGUGUUAAGCUGUCCUCGAACUUGAUCGGGGCAUUGGCGACAGCCUCAUCAACCACGGUACCAAGAUUCUUUGCGCCUUCACCUGUGAGGAAAGCCCUGAUGGUUUUUAAACCUGCAGUACCAGACUUUUCGGGGUGAAAUUGGGUUGCAAAAAUGUUUCCCUUCGCAAUGGCGCCUACGAAAGUCUCGGUGCCAUAGGUUCCAGUAGCGACAGUCCACCCCUGGGACUCAAGCUCGCCCGGCUUGUAGGGGCAUUUGUAAGAGUGAACAUAGUAGUACUUUGAGUCUGGUUGAAGAUCGUACAUGGCUCGUCCAGCUGUGAAAGCAUUGUUCCACCCGAUGUGGGGGACGGAUUUACUUGAGUCUUCGAAACGGUCCAAGGAAGCUGGAACGACUCCGAGGCCGGGGACGUCGGGGUCCUCUACAGAACCCUCGAAUAGGGCUUGUAAGCCGACACAUACAGCGAAGAAUGGCUUUCCAUCAGCAAUGUGCUUUCGAACUGGCUCAAGAUAGCCAGCUUGGGACAGUUGGGAUAGACAAUGACCAAAGUGGCCGACACCGGGGAGGAUGAGUUUCUAAAAACGCAUCAGUCAUGGUGGACAAGAAAUUGAAUGGAAGUAUCGCCAAACCUCUGCCUUUGGAACGUCCUCCGGCGAUCUGACCCAUUCUACUUCGUAGCCAGACUUCUCAAUGGCAUUUACCAGGCUCCUGAUGUUGCCGGCGACAUAGUCCAAGAGAUGAACAGUGGGCAUUGUACCCUAGAUAUGAUGGUAAAUAUAUAAAGAAGAUAGAAGGUAUAAGGACCAGAUGUUGCUUUGGAAAGGUGAAUGGUGACUGAUAUAACACGAUGUACGACCGGACAAUUGUAGCGGUAGCUGACUCUAUAUCAAGUCCAGAGGUGUUUGAAGUCGUCAAGAUAAGUGUGACUGUUCAAACCCCAUUGAGACUCAUUGAAAUGUUAUAACAGCGAC